AAUUUAUAUAAAUGACCUCCCCAACAACAUUUCUUCAAAGAUUCGCCUAUUUGCAGACGACUGUGUGGUAUACCGUCAAAUAUCUAGUCAAAGCGACUGCCUGGCCCUUCAAAGUGAUUUGGAUAUCAUACUUUCAUGGUGUGACACGUGGCAAAUGCAGAUAAAUAUAGAUAAAACAAAAAUAAUGACAUUUACCAAUCGUCGCUCAUCUUUUCAAUACGACUACAAAGUUAUAGAUUCAAAAUUGGAUAAAGUAUCCACAUAUAAAUAUUUAGGAGUCCACUUAACUUCCAACCUCUCCUGGAACACUCAUCUAGAUUAUAUCCUUAGGAGGGCUAACCGGUCACUUGGUUUCUUAAGAAGGCAUUUAUAUAUGGCAACAGCAGAAACGAAGCUACUUGCAUACUCUACCCUCAUUAGGCCCAAGUUGGAAUAUGCAGCUAUAAUUUGGAACCCGCAUCAAAAAUAUUUAAUUAAUAAUUUAGAAUCAUUACAAAACAGGGCCACCAGGUUUAUACUAAAAACGUAUUCACCUAUAAGCGUCAGUCAACUUAAGAGUUCACUUGGUUUAUUGACUCUCCACCAGCGAAGAUACCUCGCAAGGUUAUCCCAUUUUCAUAAACUCUAUCACAGUUCCUCAGAUUUCCGUCAAAACAACAUUCUCCCACCGGCUCGCAUUUCCCCUCGUCAUGAUCAUUGUUACAAAGUUCAUAUUCCAUUUGCAAGAACUAAUCUGUUCAAAUACUCCCCGUUCGUACAAGCGGCGACUGAAUGGAAUGAGUUGGCAAGCGAAAUUGCGACGGUCACUGAUCAUGAUACAUUUAUGUUGUUAUUGCGUGAAUCUUUAGGGUAGUGAAUCAUAUAUUGCCCUGUAUGUUUGUUACUUCCUCGC